UGCGUCAUUCGUGAGUCAUUUACCGUGCGGAUAUAUCAACACUUACAUUUGGCUAGUUGGUAAUUCCUGGUAUGAUUGGCUUGUACGAGAUCUCAUACACACAAACAAAUAGGGAUCAUCACUUUUCCUUGAUAGCAGUAUUCGAAUAGCACACGGAUGAAAUCAUCGAUUUUACGUUUUAACCUUGUUUACCGUGACAGCAACAAGCUAACAACAAAGUUCCCCGACUGAAAUCAGAAUAAACUUUAAAAGUGAUAUCUAAUCCAAUAAACAAGAAACAAACUGUGCAAGACUGGUAAUCCUUUCUCAUGUGAUGGCACAUUGGAUUGUGCAUACUGACGGUGGACCAAGAAGGGUUAACCAUGCAGCAGUUAGUGUAGGUGAUCUCAUCUACUCUUUUGGAGGUUAUUGUACUGGAGGUGACUAUGAGCACAGGAAUCCGAUUGAUGCAUUCGUAUUUAGUGUUGGAAGAUUAAAAUGGUCCAAACUACCACACUCCAAUGGUCCCAAUGAAUGUCCUAGACACAUCCCUUUCCAGAGGUAUGGGCAUUCAGUGGUGGUUUACAAUGAUAAGGUAUACCUCUGGGGUGGUCGUAAUGAUACGUCGGGAGCAGAUAAUAAACUCUACAGCUUUGACACCAAAACCAGUCGAUGGACCCUUGAGACGCCUACAGGUCAACUACCUGAUGCCACUGAUGGCCAUUCUGCAUGUAUAAUUGGACACAGGAUGUAUGUCUUUGGUGGUUUCAUAGACUUGCUUCAGAGUUACUCCAACCUCACAUAUGCUCUGGAUUUCAGGGAUAUGAAGUGGACGUUAUUACAACCAAGAAGAUAUGUACCACAUUGGAGGGACUUUCAUACUGCCACCCCAGUUAAUGAUCAGAUCUUUGUGUUUGGAGGUCGUUCAGAUCGAUCAGGUCCUUGGUAUACUGGACAAGAAUUCUACUGCAAUGAGCUCAAAGUAUUUGACAUCAAGAACUGUGAUUGGACCUCACCUAAAGCAACCGGUACACUACCCAUCGGUAGGAGGAGCCAUUCAACUGUAUUACAUGACAAUCAUUUAUGCGUGUUUGCUGGCUUCAACCACACCAUUGACACACACUUCAACGAUGUUCACAAGCUAGACCUGUCAUCAUUUGAAUGGAAGAAGGUCCACUGUAGAGGAAAGGUUCCCUGUAAGAGAAGACGUCAGUGCUGUGUUAUGCAUGGAGAUAGAAUGAUCAUGUUUGGUGGAACUAGUCCAAGAGAGAAAGCAAAUCCUGGUGGUAGUAUUGGAGAGAACCUCAUUGAUCUUGCCGAUCUUCAUAUUUUGGAUUUUGAUCCUUCAUUGAAAACAAUGUGUCAGAUGUCCAUCAUUGAUGAGAGAAUUGAUACUACAUGUCUUCCCAAGACACUAAGGUGGGAAAUCAAUGCCAUGACAUCGAACAGUGAUAUAACUCCACUGCCAUAUGAAGCAACGCAACAAGGCUGAACUAAGCAAUCGCUUGAAUGUGCACCCACACUUGUGCUGCUUAUAUACUGUGAUGUGUAUGCAAUUUGUUCCGUAUUGAGUUGCGUUGUCUGCAUUUAAAGUCAUACAGUUAGCUCUAUCAAGCCAGAAGAAAAUCCAUACUAUCAUGGAAACAAAAUGGUUCACGGAUGCAAGGUUGGAAUUAACAAUCUUUAGUUCUUCUUAUGGUUAAUAUGCUCAGUUUGUUAUAACCUUGUGAAAGUGACUUGAUUGUGUAUAGAGCAUACAGUGUCUCUUUAUAUAGAUGAGCCAAUGUAUAUUAUAUAAGCCAUGGCAUUAUUUUAUGUAAGAUCAAAGUAUGGACUGUUACUAGAGGUAUAGUUGUAUUGGCAGGCUUUUGGAUACUGCACAGUAUAAAGGAAGGGCAUGAGCAACCGUAUCUUUUAUAUUUACCAGGUAUUAAUGA